UAACCACUUUGGUGAUUAUAAUUCUUCAUAAUUCAUACAAGGAAUUAAAGAAAAUUGUGCUGAAUGAGAAAAUCUGCUUCAUAUUACACAUUAGCAGAAGUACGUCAACACUGCGAGGCACAUGACUGCUGGAUAAUUAUUUACGAUAAGAUCUACGACGUGACCCAUUUUUUAUCUCAGCAUCCAGGAGGAGAAUAUAUUCUCUUAGAAAAUGCUGGAAGGGAUGCGACUUUAUCUUUUCUCGGUGCAUAUCACAGUAAUCAGAUACUUGUAGAAGCUGAAAAGUACUGCAUUGGAUAUUUAGUACAGCACGAAAGAUUGAAUUUCUUACAAUCCGGAUAUGAUACCAUUCAAUCUACUUCAUGACCAUAGAAGAAUUUAUAAAAAAAAAAGAAAACUAUCUUAUAAAUUACUUUAUUUUUAUAUUGUUUUAUGAGAAAAUUUUCUUUUUGUUUACUAAUUCUCUUAAAAUGAUUUAUUAAAUGUAAUAAUAUAUUUUAAAAAUUAAUAUAUUAUAGUUUUUUUCUAACAUUUUUAGAUAAGACUUCAGAACUGGUUAAUUAAGUACAGUUUAUUUAAGAAAUUUAAGAUGUAUUUAAAUUAAGGACUUUCCAAAAAUGAAAACAUCAUCUUUUAGUCAGUCACGGCUUUAUUGAAUUAGACGUCAUUCGCGUAAUGGGUGAUCAUAAUUAAAGUAUCCCUAUUCAACCCU